UGGCACGGUGCUGCUGCAGGCACCCAGCAGCUAUUUGCCAGAUACUGCUGUGUAGUAGGAAGAGGAGUGCUGUGGAGCAAUGCUGUCAUUCCAGUCUAAAUAAGUAUCAGGCCACGUUUGACAGGAGCUGCUCUGUAUUUGUUAACAGGUGUGAGUGGAGUUGAAUGGGAUCCAGCUUCCCAGCUGAGCUCCAGGACCAAAGCCCCAGCAACUCGUAUGGGUUCUGAGAGAUGGAGAAAGACACGGGAAGGAGGAAAAUAUCCCCAGACACUGUCCCAUAUGCUAAUGAAAAUCAUGAAGGACAAGGCAGCACGUGAGACAGACGGAGAGCCAGUGCAUAGGGAUGCAUUUCAGCAAGGCAGCCAUCGCACACCGCCCAUCCUUCCAGGAGAAACAGAGGCCACACACACAACUGGCGCUCCAGGUGUGGAUGGUGAAGGACAUGUAAAUGCCACAGAAGAUGAAGAUAUACUGAAGUACUGCCUUGCACUUACUGCAGCUCUCCUGGUUUCCAUGCUGGCAGCGAUGAUUACGUUCUGUCUCGUUAUCCGGCGAUGUAGGCAGAGAAACCAGCUCCUCGCUGCAGCUGCCAGAGCCCAGCCCGAUGCCCACGGCUGCACCUCGCACUCGGAUGGACGGCCUGCUCUCCUCAAGGUGCCUGCCCGACAGACACGGCACCAACGGCCACCGCCUGUGUGGGGACGACCUGACCUCCUGCCGCAGAGCACCACCAGUGCGGCCCCUGCCGGGCUGGAUAGCUGCCAGGCUCAGCUGCCUCCGCCUCAGACACCACAGCCCACCAGCCCAGGCUCUGAGGCCCCCGGGAUGUGUGACAGGCCUAGCAGCCACCAGGCAUCAACACCGCCCCCCCGUCCCCCUCCACCCUCUUUCAUGGGACGGGAGAAACCUACCCGAGUUGGAGGCUUGUUGUCAUCGGUCAGCACCCAAACAACGACUCCGUGGCCUAUGAGCAACAGGCCCAACUGUCCCUGGGCAUCAACACCACCCCCCCGUCCCCCUCCACCCUCUUUCAUGGGACAGGAGAAACCUACCCAAGUUGGAGGCUUGUUGUCAUCGGUCAGCACCCAAACAACGACUCCGUGGCCUAUGAGCAACAGGCCCAACUGUCCCUGGGCAUCAACACCACCCCCCCGUCCCCCUCCACCAUCCUUCAGGGAACGGGAACAGCUUCCCCAGGCUGUAGGCUUGACAGCACUGCCCAGUCAACAGAGAAUCGGUGCCCAGGGAAGACACGAUAGGCCCAGCAUCCCCCUGUCCACCCAGGCACCGUCACCACCCUUCCACUCCCCUCCACAAUCCUUCAGAGGUAAGGAGUUGCCCUGCCAGGGUGUAGGCUUGGGGCAAUUUUCCUACAGAUGGAGAACUGUGACCUGGGGGAAGUAUGACAGGCCCAGCAGCCCCAAGUCCCCCCCAGCACCAGCUCUACCCUUCCGCUCCUCUCCACCAUCCAUCAGGAGGUGGGAGCGGUCCCCCCCAGGAGGUAGGGUUAGGGGCAUCAUGCAACACCUGUAAAAGCACUGCCAGGAGGAAGUAUGACAAACCCAGCAGCACCCAGCCCCCCCCAGCAUCACCUCUGUCCUCACGAGAGCCACCAUCAGUCAGGAGGUGGGAGCACCCCCAGCAUGUGGGUUUAGGGGUAUCAUCUGACAGCCAGAGAACCGCUGCUGGCAUCAACCGUGGCUUUCCAGGCUGUGUUGUACCAAUAAAUAGAAAGUAAUACCACAGUUGUCCGUGCUGUACUGUUGUCAUGUUACUACUUGACCCACUGCCAGACCUUGUGUGCCACUUGGCAUUGGCAGACAGAUAAUAUGAGUGGGAAUGGUUUUAAACUCAAAGAGAGACAAUUGAGGUAGAUGUGUAGAGGAAAUUCUUCCCCCGAAGCAGCAAGGCCCUGGCCCAGGGUGCCCAGAGGCUGUGGGUGCCCUGCAUCCUGUCUGAGGAAGGGACAGGAGUGGGAGUACAUUAUGCAAAAGCUCCAGUGCUUCUGCGUAAGCUUUACCAGACAACAGGCACUGUCCUGCUCUGACUAGCGGGCAAUAAUUCGCUCUGCAACAGGAACCAAGCAAGAACUAUUAGCACAUUUUCUUCCUCCUCCAUUUCAUUUUGCUCUGUGGGCUGGACCGAGAACCUGAAAAUGGAGAGAGACGCGAUGAAGACAAUGCUGCAAGCCUCGUAAGUCUGCUGUCACUGCUCACUCUGUGAUAGCAGUUGUCUUAUCAGAGGCACAGUCCAUUGUGCUACUAGAAGUAGUGCUCAGCUGCCAUGAUACCACCCUGCAACUCCUCUCCAGCACCUGCCCUAGGUCACUGAUUCCUCAGGAUCCUCCAAGAGGUGCAACAUUCCCAUGUUUUCUCUCAGCUCUUAGCACUGCUGCACUCCUCAGGAGCUAUGGCCACAAACAAAGCAGCCAUCAGUCAGCGGUAAAAGCAUCCCGGUUCUCUGCAAGAGGACAGAGUUCUGGAGCCAAAGAAGCCAGCACCGUCCCUCGCACAUAAAUCCACAGCCAGGCAGUCCUUCAUUGGCCCCCGAGCCUAAAGCACCAGCCCUGGGGUCUAAAGCAACUGCGAGAGAAGCCAGCAUCAGACCUGAGGCCUAAAGACACAGCUAGAGAGACCAGCACUGGCCCAAGGGCCUGAAACCACAGCCACAGCCCGAGAAGCCAACAACAGACCCGGGGCCUAAAGCCACAGGCAGACAGGCCUGCACUGGCCCCAAGACCUGAAGCCAUAGCCACAGCCCAAUGCUAGCACCAGCUUUGGGCCUAAAUCAACAGUCACAGCUUGAGAGACCAGCGUAGGCCUAAAGCCAGAGCCUGAGAGGUUGGCACAGGCCCCAAGGACUGAAGCCGCAGCCAGAGACGCCAGCAAAAACCCUGGGGCCUAAAGCCACAGCCUGAGAGGCUGACAUCAGCCCCAGGGCUUAAAGGCACAACCAGAGAUGCUGGCACUGGCCCCAGGGCAUACAGAUGUGCAUUCUUAUGGCUUUCUACUGGUUCCCCUGGGACUCCACUGACCACUAUGAGACCAUAUUGGUCUUUACUGGUUUUUAUUGGGCUGCACAACAGUCAUCUUCACUUCACCGUUAUUUUACUUCACUAACCCUAUUGGGUGAGCCUGCUGUUGGUUUCCAAGAAUUUAGAUCUGGGCGGCAUCCUUUUCCUUCACUUAUGAUGAAGGCACAGAAGUGAUGCGGGCACUCGCUGAGUCGUUGCCAGGGUGGGAGUGUUUGUGCCACAGCUCGUGAACAGAGCUGGUGCAGAGAUUGAGCUGUAAGCCUUCCUUGAGAGAGAUCACCCUGUGAGAACCUGUCGGAAGCACCGCUGCGGUGUGUGUGUGAGCUGGGCACAGCUCAGGCUGAGCAGGUUUGGUGCUGGCUUGUUGCUGGGAGGUGUUUCAGCAGAAAAGCUGGUCUGGGGAGGAGUUGCCAGCUCCAGCAGUGCCCCUCUGCACGGCUGUUUCCAAAGGAAAUGGGUCCUUGUUGAGAUUCCAUCCCAUGUUUUUAUGAGGAUGAUGAAAUAUCAUUACUCCCCUGGAAAUCCUCUGCCGGGCCCCCACUGUCAUGCCAGACAUUAAAAAGGAAGGAGAGCACAGACUUCAUAGAGUGCAACUUGUGCCUCACUGCCCCACAGAUGGCUGGGUGCAGAGCUACUGAGAUGGAGAAGAGCACUUGCUGACACAAGUCAUGGCAGUCAGACACAAGCUGGAGCUAGCAUUAGGCAGCUCUUGUAGCUAGCUGCUUUCCAGACAUUGCCCUCCUCAAGAGACUACAUUGCAUGGCAGAAGAAAGCUGGGAAAAUGCUUCUUCCUCAUGAUUUUUCACUUGUUGAUACUUUUUGUAGGGUUCCUGUCCAAAAGGAGAUUUCAGGGUUUGCGGCAGUCUUAGGAAGAGUGAAGCCAGCUCUUUCCAAGGGUGGGAGAAGUUCCUGUGGAAAGAGCCCUCAGAACUUUGGCUUCCUCUGUGACUUCAGCGGUCAUGUCUCAGCCAGGAGAUGACCCUCCUCAGCCCCUCUGAGCACGGCAUCUCAACCUGGACCAGCCUUCAAAAGGGGACAGCAUUCCCCAGCCUGCUUUAAGCCAUCCCAAGUUAGUCUGUUGGAUGUCUGUAUACCGUUUGGCCCAAAGCCUGGCUACUCAGGUACAGCUGACAAACGCAUGAGCCUGUGCACACAUUACCCAGGAGCUGUGAUGUUGAAGGAAUACGUAGUAGGAAUGGAUCCAAGCAGGAUGUUGGAUGUUGAUGUGAGGGGAUGAUCCGCUUCCCUGCCACACCUCUUAUCGCAUGAGAAUGGCCACAGAAAUACUUGCUCUGUAAGCAGUGGCAAAGAAGGACAGCUCUUAGAGCAGACUCCUCGUGCUCACCUGCACUGCCCUGCACUGAGAGGCUUCAGAGAUCCUAGCAGCUGGCGCUGUGAGCUACUU